GCAGCGGAGCGCUUCAGGAGCCUGUGAAUGAACCCUCCUCCUCUUCCUCUUCCUCCUCCUCCUCCUCGAUGAGUCUCCUCCUCGAUGCUGACGGUACAGUGAUAUAAUGAUGAUGGGUGUCACAACCCGCAUUUGAACUUGCAGGCAAGCUGCCCCAAGCCUUUCUGGGGAAGAACUCCAGGCGGGCAGGCGAAGCAGCCGCGAACAUUAAGUGCUGUGGACAGGCGCUGGACCAGCCCCGCAACCUCCCGCAUCCUCCAGCACCAUCCCGCACCCUCCGCACCCAUCCCCAGGCCACCGCGCUUCCUAUGUGAUCCGCCCAGGCAACAACGAACCCAUUCGCGCAGCUCUGCGGUGAAUUGUUUCCCACAAACUGCACUAAGCCGCCUUUCAAGGACAAGAUGUUGAUUAAUAUAAAGAGCAUCUUAUUGAUGUGCUCUACUUUAAUAGCAACCCAUGCACUACAUGAAGUCAAAGUGGAAAAAAGCCCACCUGUUAAGGGGUCCCUCUCUGGGAAAGUCAACCUUCCUUGUCAUUUUUCAACCAUGCCUACCUUACCACCCAGUUACAACACCACCAGCGAAUUUCUCCGAAUCAAAUGGUCUAAGAUUGAAUUGGACAAGAGUGGAAAAGAUUUAAAGGAGACUACUGUUCUCGUGGCUCAAAAUGGGAUUAUCAAGAUUGGCCUGGGCUACAAAGGGAGAGUGUCGGUGCCUACACACCCUGAGGAUGUGGGCGACGCCUCACUCACCAUGGUCAAACUGCUUGCAAGUGACGCGGGCCUCUACCGCUGUGAUGUCAUGUACGGGAUUGAAGACACCCGGGACACGGUGUCGUUGACUGUGAACGGGGUUGUGUUUCACUACAGGGCGGCCACCAGUAGGUACACUCUGAAUUUUGAGAGUGCGCAGAAGGCUUGUUUGGACGUUGGAGCAGUCAUAGCAAGUCCAGAGCAGCUCAAUGCUGCCUAUGAAGAUGGAUUCGAGCAGUGCGAUGCAGGCUGGCUGGCUGAUCAGACUGUUAGAUAUCCCAUCCGGACUCCCCGAGAAGGUUGUUAUGGAGACAUGAUGGGGAAGGAAGGUGUCAGGACCUAUGGAUUCCGUUCUUCUCAUGAAACUUAUGAUGUGUAUUGUUACGUGGACCAUCUGGAUGGUGAUGUGUUUCACAUCACUGCUCCUAAUAAAUUAACCUAUGAGGAGGCUGAAGAAGAGUGUGCAAACCAAGAUGCUCGGCUGGCGACAGUGGGGGAGCUCCAGGCGGCUUGGAGGAAUGGCUUUGACCAGUGCGAUUACGGGUGGCUGAUGGACGCCAGUGUUCGCCACCCUGUGACUGUGGCCAGGUCCCAGUGUGGAGGUGGUUUACUUGGGGUGAGAACCCUGUAUCGUUUUGAGAACCAGACAGGCUUCCCUUCCCCUGAUAGCAGAUUUGAUGCCUACUGCUUUAAACGUCGAAUGAGUGAUUUGAGUGUAAUUGGUCAUCCAAUAGAUUCAGAAUCUAAAGAAGAUGAACCUUGUAGUGAAGAAACAGAUUCAGAGCACGACCUAAUUGCUGCAAUUUUACCCGAGUUAAUUGACCUAGAUCUGUACCACAGUGAAGAAGAUGAAGAAGAAGACGAGGACUGUGCAAAUGCUACUGACCUAACAACCACCCCAUCAGUGCAGUACAUAAAUGGGAAACACCUAGUCACCACAGUGCCCAAGGACCCAGAGGCAGCAGAAGCCAGGCGUGGCCAGUUUGAAAGUGUUGCACCUUCUCAGAAUUUUUCAGACAGCAGUGAGAGUGAUGCUCAUCCUUUUCUCAUGGCUGAAAUUGGAUCAUCUACUGCUGUGCAACCAAAUGAAUCUAAAGAAACAACUGAAUCGCUUGAAAUGACAUGGAAGCCUGAGAUUUACCCUGAAACACCAGAACGUUUUUCAAGUGGUGAGCCUGAUGUGUUCCCCACAGUCCCAGUGCAUGAGGGACAAGCCACAGAGGGACCAGAAUCUGCCACGGAGAAAGGUCCUGAACUUGAUCAUCUGGUACCUGAUCAUACUGAACCUGUACCUCUGUUUCCUGAAGAGUCUUCAGGAGAUGUUGCCGUUGACACAGAAUCCCCAGAAAUGAUCUUUCCAAGGGUUACAGAAGUAACAUUUGGUGAAGAAGCAGAACAAAGUACUUCUAUCAUAUAUACCCCAAGUACAGUUCCAAGUUCUAUGUCAACAAAUGUUCUGGAGGAAGAAUCUGUUACAUUAGCAGGAAAGACCCAGACUGCUGACCCAUUGUCCACUGUGGGAAACUGGUUGGAAAUAACCUCUGGGCAAAUUGUAGAGCUCUCUGGGAGUCCUUCGAUUCAUAUUCCAGAUGGCUCUGGGGAAGCAGAAGAAGAUAAAGAUAAAAUGUUCACAGUGGUAACUGAUUUGUCACAGAGAAAUACUACAGAUACUCUAGUUACUUUAGACACUGGCAAGAUAAUAAUCACAGACAACAUUUUUGAUGUUCCUGCAACUGCUGUUUACUUGGUUUCUGAACAACCUUCUACAGAAGUAGUACCCACCAAAUUUGUAAGAGAAGCAGACACUUCUGAUUGGGAUUUCAGUACCUCUCUUGAGGGAAAGCAUAGGAAAGAUGAGGAGGAGGGAACUGUAGGUACAAUGACUACAGUUCAGCCACAUUUGCUCACACAGAGAUCAGAUCAAUUAAUUUUACCCUCUGAAUUAGAAAACUCAAAUGAAGCUACCUCUAGUGAUUCAGCAUCUGCUACCAGGAACAGUUUUAUAUCCUUGACAACACCCACGCAGUCUGAAAGGGAAAUGACGAGAUCUAAUCUUGUCUUUACAGAAGCAAAUGUUUUAGACAAUCUGAGAGCAGAGAUGAGUGAGCCCAGCGGUAGCAGUCAAUUUGGGGUUCAGAAAGGGCUGUUCUCCAUCCUGGGUAACCCCUCCCCUACUUUUACGGAGCAGAGCUCUAGAGAAGCUGCUGCUGACCUAGGGACCACCACUGUCUCUUCAUUUUCAUUACAUUUAGAGCCUGGAAUUCAAAUUAUAAAAGAAAUGGCUGGCACCUCGUCUCCCCAUGUAGAAACUAUAUUCCCUUUUGAGCCAACAGGACUAGUGAUGGACAGAGAGGUUACUGAAGUUAUCAGCCAAACAUCUGAGAAAAACCUUGUAUCAGAGAUUUUAGGAGAGCCAGAUCAUGGGAUGGAAAUAAAGGGCUUUUCUACAGAUUUUCCUUUGGAGGAAGAUUACAGUGGUGACUUUAGAGAAUACUCAUCAGUAUCUAAUCCUGUAACAAAAGAAGAAACAGUGAUGAUGGAAGGCUCUGGAGAUGCGGCGUUUAAAGAUACUCAAAUUUUACCAUCAGCAAUACCUACUUCCGCUCACAUCCAUCACAGAGCUGACACAGAAGGACCUGGUAACACCUUGGUCAGCACGUCAGCCUACCCUUGGGAGGAGUUUACAGCUUCAGCUGAGGGCUCCGGGGAGCAAGUAGUCUCAGUCAACCGCUCUGUUGACCAAGUGUUUUCCAGUGCAGUGGGAAGUGUUCUUGGUACAGAAUCCCCAUUUAUUUACCAAGUUUCAGGAGAGGAAGGUACUAUCGAGGAAGCUGACGAGAGAUCCACUGUUUUACCAAGAGCAGAAUCUGAAAGUACUGAAGCUUCAACAGAAAAGGGGGAGAUAAAUGUCGAUGGCUUGGUUUCAACAGACUUUUCCCAGACGAUGGAGCCAACCAAACUGUGGUCCAGGCAAGAAGUGAAUCCUGUAAGACAAGAAGUUGAAAACAAAACAGCAUCAGAGAAAAAGACUCAAGAUCAAAAAUCUUUGGAAUCUUCUCAAAGCUCUGUUGCACCAGAACAGACAAUUUUUGAUUCACAAACAUUUAUUGAAACUGGAUUUAGAACUGCAGAUUAUUCUACACUAACAACCAAGAAAACGUAUCAUACUGAUAAAGAAAUGGAGGAGGAGGAAGGCAUUUCCUUAGUUGACAUGUCCACUCCACAUCCAGGUUCAAAGGAUGUGGAACCCUAUACUAUUCUCCCUGAAGUUCCUGAAAAAUCCCAGUUUUUCUUAGCUACUGCCUCAGUGACUGAAUCUAUAUUAACUGAAAGCAUAGUUACAGAUUCAUCAAUCAAACAGGAAGAAAACAUCAAACGAUUUCCCAAAGUUACGAGACCAAUAAUUAAAGAGUCAGAUACUAAUGUAUUCUCUGGCCUGGGAUCAGGAGAAGAAGUUUUGCCUACUAAAAUAUCAGUGGAUUUUACUGAAAUGGAACAAAUCAUUAGCACAUUAUAUCCCCAGACUUCUGAAGUGGAAAGUUUAGAAACUAGCAUCUCAAGUGAUACCACUGAAGACUAUGAGGGAAUGGAAAAUGCAGCAAAGGAGGUUAGAUCACCCUUUUCUAAAACAGACAGCAUCUCUGAAGAUAGUGAAACAGCAUCCAGCACAACCUCACUAGAAAUUUUAAGUGACACCAGGACAGAAAGACCCUCUAUAGCAACUCUCACUUUCUUCGCAGACACUAAACAUCCUCAAAAUCAGACUCACAGUUGGGAAGAAGAAAUUCAGAGUAGCCAACCACAACUCACUCUUGAAGAAGUCUCUAACAAGAAUUCUUCAGUAGCAGAAACUAGGGAGACAACAACCUCUUCCACUGAUUUUCUGGCUAGAACUUAUGGUCUUGGAAUGACCAAAGGAUCUGUUACAUCAGCACCAAAACCAUCUGACUUGUUUUAUGAACAUUCUGGAGAAGGAUCUGGGGAAUUGGAUAUAGUUGAUUUAGUCCACACUUCUGGAACUACUCAGGCAACCAGGCAAGGAAGCACCACAUUUGUUUCUAAUAGAUCCCUGGAAAAAUAUCCUGAGGUCUCAAGUCCUAAAGCUGUUAAUGCUGACGGAUUCCCAACAGUUUCGGUGGUGAUGCCUCUUCACUUAGAGCAGAACGAAAGCUCCACAGAUCCAACUACCACGCCAUCAAAUACAAUGUCAUAUAAGAGGUCCACAGAAGGUGCAGAUAGUUUCCAAGACCAUUACAGGGGAUUUGAGGAUUCCACCUUGAAACCUGACAGAAAAAAAGCCACUGAAAAUAUUAUUAUAGAUCUGGACAAAGAGGAAAAGGAUUUAUUACUGACAAUUACAGAGAGCACUGUCCUUGACAUUCUACCUGGGCUGACAUCGGAUAAAAAUACUAUCAUAGAUAUUGAUCAUACUAAACCUGUGUAUGAAGACAUCCUUGGAAUGCAAACGGAAAUAGAUCCAGAGACACUGGCAGGACCACAUGGCAAUACUGAAGAAAGUGCUCAAAUUCAAGAGAAGUACGAGGCAGCUGCUAACCUUUCCUUAACUGAGGAAAACUUAGAAGGUUCUGGUGAUAGUCUUCUGGCUAUUUAUACUCAGGUAGGGCAUAAUGAAUCCAUGACUUCUGAAGACAGAAACCAAUUUGAUCCCAUGGGCUUUAUCUUAACAACCGAGAUCCCCAUCCCAAGCACAGAAACAGAAUUAGAUAUUUUACUUCCCACAGCAACAUCCCUGCCCAUUCCUAGUAAGUCUGCCACAGUUCAUCCAAAUACUGAAGAACCAAAAACUGAAGCAAAAGCCCUGGAAGAUAUCUUUGAAUCAAGCACUUUGUCUGAUGGUCAAGCUAUUGCAGACCAAAGUGAAGUAAUAUCAACAUUGGGUCAUUUGGAAAGGACACAGGAAGAGUAUGAGGAAAAGAAAUAUCUAGACCCUUCUUUUCAGCCAGAGCUCUCUUCAGGAGCUGGGGAGGCACCAACAGAUUCUACCCCCCACGUAAGUAUUGGUACUGUCCACCCUAUGGCUCAGAGUUUAACAGAAGCACCUAAUGUGGUGGAAGAAUCUAAUCCCCCAGAUUACACCGAUACAACAUCAUCACUUUUGGCCUUUGAAAAGUUGUCCUCUGAGAUUCCAUCAUCUCCGUUCACUGUCCAUUUAGGCAACAGAGCCUCUGAACACACAGAGGGCCCUCAGCCAAGUGCUCUGCCUGGAGUAGGUGCGGGCACAUCUCGAAUGUCCCCAGGAAAAUUUGCAAAUAUUGAAAUGAAUUUCAAACCAUCAAGUGAAGAGUACUUUCACAUAACUGAGCCUCCUUCCUUACCUUCUGACACAGAACUAGAGCUUUCUGAAGCUGAAAAUAAAUCUACACUAUCAGAACAAAUGGAAGCUUCUCCCACAGAACUAACUGUUGUAGAAGGAACUGAGAUUCUCCAGGAUUCCCCAAACAAAACCAAUGUUCAACUUUCUGGAGAAAUGAUCAAGGUAUUUUCUAGUAAGAGAACACCUGAGGCUGGAAGUAUUGUCACAGCUGCAGGUGAAAUUAAGUUAGAAGGUGCUACACUGUGGCCACACUCUAGUUCUGUUUCUGCAGCUUAUGGGGCUGAGGCAGGUGCGGUGCCUCAGCCCAGCCCACAGACUUCUGGGAAGCCCACUGCUCUUUCCUCUCUGGAAAUAAACUCUGAAACACAAGCAGCUUUGAUCAGAGAGCAGGAUUCCACAGUAGCAGCAUCAGAGCAGCUCAUACCAGCGAUAAUUCUUGACUCCAAUAAUCAGGCAACAGUACACACUGCAGAGUUCAAUAUUUCUCUUCCAACACCAUCACUUUACUUUCUGAAAACUUCUAAUGAAACCCGUUUCCUGAUUGACAUGAAUGAAGAGUCAGUGGAAGGCACAGCAGUCUAUUUACCAGGACCCGAUCGUUGCAAAACGAACCCUUGCCUUAAUGGAGGCACUUGCUAUUCUACUGAAAUUUCCUAUGUGUGCACCUGUGUGCCAGGAUACAGUGGUGACCGCUGUGAACUCGAUUUUGAUGAAUGUCACUCUAACCCCUGUCGCAAUGGAGCCACAUGUGUUGAUGGUUUUAAUACAUUCAGGUGCCUCUGUCUCCCCAGCUAUGUCGGUGCACUUUGUGAGCAAGACACCGAGACGUGUGACUACGGCUGGCACAAAUUCCAAGGGCAGUGUUACAAGUACUUUGCCCAUCGACGCACGUGGGAUGCAGCUGAGCGGGAGUGCCGUCUGCAGGGUGCCCAUCUCACAAGCAUUCUCUCUCACGAAGAACAAAUGUUUGUGAAUCGUGUGGGCCAUGACUACCAGUGGAUAGGCCUCAAUGACAAGAUGUUUGAGCAUGACUUCCGCUGGACUGAUGGCAGCACACUGCAAUAUGAGAACUGGAGGCCCAACCAGCCUGACAGCUUCUUUUCUUCUGGAGAAGACUGCGUGGUCAUCAUUUGGCAUGAGAACGGCCAGUGGAAUGAUGUUCCCUGCAACUAUCAUCUCACCUAUACUUGCAAGAAAGGAACAGUUGCUUGCGGCCAGCCCCCUGUUGUAGAAAAUGCCAAGACCUUUGGAAAGAUGAAACCUCGUUAUGAAAUCAACUCCCUGAUUAGAUAUCACUGCAAAGAUGGUUUCAUUCAACGCCACCUUCCAACUAUUCGUUGCCUAGGAAAUGGAAGAUGGGCCAUGCCUAAAAUUACCUGCAUGAACCCAUCUGCAUACCAAAGGACUUAUUCUAAGAAAUACUUAAAAAAUUUCUCCUCAUCAAAGGACAAUUCAAUAAAUGCAUCAAAACACGAGCACCGUUGGACCCGGCGGUGGCAGGAGUCGAGGCGCUGAUCCCUAAAAUGGCGAACAUGUGUUUUCAUCAUUUCAGCCAAAGUCCUAACUUCCUGUGCCUUUCCUAUCACCUCAAGAAGUAUUAUCAGUUGGUCUGGAUUUUUGGACCGCUGUCCAGUCAUUUUGGGUUGCUGCGCUCCCAAAACAUUUUCAAUGAGAGCAUUGGCAUUUAAAAAGAAAGCAAAAGAGAUGAAAGAAAAUGAGGGCAGAGAGUAACCAUUUGCAGCCUAUUUGAUUUCUUGGGUUUCUACUUGCCUCCAGUGCAGAUCAUUUUCUAAUGUAUACCAGCCUACUGUACUAUUUAAAAAGCUCCAUUUCAGCACCAAUGGCAAUGUAAAUAAGAUGAUUUAAUGUUGAUUUUAAUCCUGUAUAUAAAAUGAAAAGUCACACUGAGUUCUGGCAUAUUUAAUGAUGAUUAUGGAGCAUUAGAGGUCUUUCAUCAUUGGUUUGGCUGCUUUUGGUAGUUUGUUUAGGCUGGAAAUGGUUUCACUUGCCCUUUGACUGUCAGCAAGACUGAGGACGGCUAUUCCUGGACAACUAACAAAUACACAGUCUCGUGGGUCACGCUGCACCGUCUCAGCUGUAGGUGCAGUUGGCUUCCCUGUGCCGCUAAAGCCGGGCUAAUGGGGUCCCAAUGGAAUGAGGGACUGCAAUGUGGACCUCUUCUUUGCUGCAUCCCUUUUUCUUCACUUACAAGAAAGGCCUGAAUGGAGGACUUUUCUAUGACCGGGAGCAUUUUUUAGGGGUCAAAGUGCUAAUUAUUAACUCAACCAGGUCUACUUUUUAAUGGCUUUCAUAACACUAACUUUGCAAGGUUCCAGAUCAACACAUUUCAAAUGGGUAUAGAUCCAGGGCUCUGGAGGGUGGGGGAUUGUUAAAACAACAACACACAUUCAAAGAAAAAAAUUGUAUAUAUAACCAUUUUAAUCUUUUAUAAAGUUUUGAAUGUUCAUGUAUGAAUGCUGCAGCUGUGAAGCAUACAUAAAUAAAUGAAGUAAGCCAUACUGAUUUAAUUUAUUGGAUGUUAUUUUCCCCCAAACCUGAAAAUUGACAUAGUAUGCUAGCUAUUUUUCAGUGUUAGCCUUUGUACUUCUCUCACACAGUUUGGAACCAUACACUCUUAGGUACUUUGUCCCUGAUUCAAUAAUGUGAUGGAUAGAAUGCAUCAAGUGUUUAUUACGGAAAGAGUGGAAACGUGUAUAGCUUUCAGCGAAUGGUGUUUGCCCAUUCCAAGCAAGAAGCAUAUAUAUAGAAAUAGUUAGGUGUAUGUGUUAAAAUGUCUUCCUAUCUCUUACCACUCAUUUUCUCCCCUUUAUUUGAAUAAAGUGACUGCCGAAGAUGACUUUGAAUUAUUAUCCAAUUAAUUUAAUGUUUAAAUAAAAAUCUGUAAUGGAAAGAAGGCAUUUAGGAGUCUAUCCCUAAUUUCAGUUGGAAUGAUCUUGAGAAAAGUAGACAGCGUAAGAAUUGCAAAUAGCAAAAGAACAGGCUCAGCAAUAAUUCUUUUUCAUAAAACCUCCUUUGCUUAGAAGUAACCACGGUAGCUACAAUCAUUCACACUGUCUGUGCAAGUUUCCUUGGUUGCUGCAUUAACUGUAAUCCACCACUGAGUGUUCCAGAGCACAGAACAACACUGUGCCAGCCUAUCAGUUUUUCAUUUUUCCUCUUUCAUUACGAUGCACAUAAUACAUUCCUGUAUUUAUAUUAUAUCAUGUAUAGUGUAAAAUGUGAAUGAUUGUGGGUUUUUUUGUGAAUGAAAAUCUAAAAUCUUUGUAACUUUUUAUACCUGCUUUUG